AUGAGCGAUCCUGCGGUGCCGUUCCAGGCGGUCGCGCAGUUCGCGUACGAGUCAGAGUUCGAGGACGACCUGAACUUUAAGGCUGGGCAGAAGAUCACUGUCACGGCAAUCGAGGAUGACGAGUGGUACGCUGGGGAGUACGAGGCAGACGGUGGUACUGUGGCCAGUGGGAUCUUCCCGAAGAGUUUUGUCACGGUGGUGACGAAGCAGACGGAGGCGCAGGAGGUGCCCGCAGCGCCCGCAGCGCCAGCUGCAGAACCGCAGUCUGACGCCCCUAAGACCACUGCUCCACCCAAGGCCACUGCUCUACCCCAAACCGCUGCAUUUCCACCUCCAGAGGCGGUCGGCGGGCCGACACAAGGUGCAGACGUCGACGUCAACGAGUACGCAAGGGAGAAGAAGGAUCUCCCCAAGAUGAGUCUCAAAGAGCGGAUCGCGCAACUGCAAGAGCAGGAACGGUUGCUCAAGGAGCAAGAAGAGCAGCGUGCUGCAGAACAGCUCCCAGUGGCACACGCUGGACAGGUUGCCUCUGUUCAGAGUACCGUGGAACGCAGAUUGUCUGCGUCGAUGUCGCUUCGCAGCGGCGGGGAACCUGCUGAGUCCAGUGUGCAGGCCUCUGAAACCGUUGUGCACGUCGAAACGGGUCCUGGGGAUGCCGAAGAAAGUAGUAGCAGUGGUGAUGCGGAGACAGGUGGCGAUGAUGGUGGGGAAAGUGCUGCUCCUGCCCCUGCUCCGGCUCCUGCUGCGCUUGCGCCUGCUCCUGCUCCUGAUACUCCAGCGGACGGCGAGGCCGAAGAAGACUCUGAGGAGGCGAGACGCUCCGCGCUGAGGGAGAGAAUGGCUAAAUUGUCUGGAGCAGGCAGGUUUGGUGGGCCCGUUGGGUUCAACCCGUUCGGUGGGCCCGCAAGCACUGCACAUGCAGCAAGCACUAAAGAGGAGCACCCGCCAGUAGAAAAAGACACAGAACACGAACAAGAGAGCGAACUUGUCAGAGACUUGCCCCAGGCGAUCCCAAUAAUGCCCUUUGCGGACCCAGCGGCUUUGCCCUUCUUAAAGAAGAGAACAACGGUCGAAUCCGCGGAAACUCAUGAAUCACACGAACAUCAGGAUGAACCAGUGGAACCUGACGCGGACAAAGUGGAAACAGAGGCACCUGCAACAGAUGCAGCGGCCCCACCACCAGUCCCCGACACAGCGAGUUCAAACUCGGAGGAUGAAGCAAACGAUGAAGCACCACCACAACCACCUUUGUCGAAACCACCGUUCGGGUCGCACGCACACGAGCAUGCUGCUGUACCUCCACCUCCUCCUCCUCCACCACAUCACGCACCAACUUCCGCUGUCCCACCAAUCCCAGCGCAGCAUCACCACAAAGAACCACCGACUCUGUCCCAUGGUCUGCCACCGCCACCACCUCCACCGAUCCCCCCAGUGGAACUCCCAGAGGAACUGGCUGAAAGCGCAGCGCCCCACAGAUCGGCCCCAUCACCACCUCCACCUCCUCCUCAACCACCUGCUGUAGCUUCUGCAAUUCCACCGAUCGCAUCGCAUCCACCACCUCCACCACCUCCACCACAUGCACCAGAGCAAAAUGCAGAAACUGACUUGACAAGUGGACUUCCACCUGCGCCGCCCGUGCCCCCCGUUCCACCUGUUCCUGCUUUCGCGCCGAUGCCCCCCAUCCCCGGUGCUCGCCCUGCUAUCCCAGGCACAGACAUCCCGGGGCCCUUCAAUGAUUUGCCCACAGAGACUGGCGCCCCCGUUCCACCAGUGGUGCCAAUGCCAAGCACGGCGACCCCCAUCAGAAGAAACUCGACGCAGAGGGACCUCACCGCAGUGUUAAACAACUUGGUCGUCCAAUUGACCGAAGAGGAUCCGUGGUGGGCAGGGAAGACGCCCACGGCUCCAGAGCAAGUCCAGGCGACCAAGCUUAAGUACGUUCUCGAAGUGGAGGACCACCGCAUCACAAGACGCGACGCUGAAACUUGGAUCUUCAGGACCGUCUACUUAUUAUUCGAAAACUUCACCGUGCUGAGCUUGGCCCUGGUCUACAAGGAAAGUUCUCCACUGGACACGGCAAAACUGGUCGACCAGAAACUGACUCCCUUCCACACAGCACAGCCGCUGAACGCGUUCUACAACAAGGACAUCAUCAACCAGUGCCAGGUUGUUGUCAACAGGAACGUCGGCCACGGGUUUGUCUCGGAUGUGAUCCACGGACUGGGUAAGGACGUCGUGCUGCCCAUCGGCCACCGCACGUUCGGCGUCCCGAUCUUCAGCAUCAAGUUCGGCGAACAAACGGACAAUAACGCACUGGCACAGGUGCAACCGGGCGAUGUUUUCGUCGUGCGCAAGGGCAGGUUCGAAAGACACGGUAAAAUUGUCGCCCUUGGGGACACGGAACCGUACGUCGCCAUCAUCACAGACUUCGACCCGAACAAGAAGAAGCUCAAGGUGGUAGAGGAACGCGACGGCAUAGCGACUACCUCGAGCUACAAACUGGGACACUUGCAAGCUGGCAGGUUGAAGAUCUUCAGAGUUGUUCCAAGAAGUUACAUUGGCUGGUGA